AGGCCAAGGGGGCGGAGAGAGGGGAGUGAGCCGCACUCAAAAGGCCGCCCAGGGCACUGGCCCAGCUCCGGAGUCCGCGCUCAGGUUCGCCGGCCAUGGGGUGGCUGUCCGCGCUGCAGCCAGUGCGGGUGCUGCUGCUGCUGCUCCUAUCGCCGCAGCUGGCUCGGGCUCUAAGCGGGGCGCGCUGCCCAGAGCCCUGUCAUUGCGCACCAGGAGGCGCCCUGUACUGCCCAGGCCCGCGGGCGGGUCUCACCCGACUAUCACUCACCUAUCUUCCUGUCAAAGUAAUCCCAUCUCAAGCUUUCAGAGGACUUAAUGAGGUCGUAAAAAUUGAAAUCUCUCAGAGUGAUUCUCUGGAAAGGAUAGAAGCUAAUGCCUUUGACAGCCUCUUCAAUUUGUCUGAAAUACUGAUCCAGAACACCAAAAACCUGGUAUAUAUUGAGCCUGAAGCAUUUACAAAUCUCCCCCGGUUAAAAUACCUGAGCAUCUGUAACACAGGCAUCCGAAAACUUCCAGAUGUUACAAAGAUCUUCUCCUCUGAAUUUAAUUUCAUUCUGGAAAUUUGUGAUAACUUACACAUAACCACCAUACCAGGAAAUGCUUUUCAAGGGAUGAAUAAUGAAUCCAUAACACUCAAACUAUAUGGAAAUGGAUUUGAAGAAGUACAAAGCCAUGCAUUCAAUGGGACAACGCUCAUUUCACUGGAGCUAAAAGAAAAUGUACACCUGAAGAAGAUAGACAACAGAGCUUUCCAGGGGGCCACAGGACCUAGCAUUUUACAGAAUUUUUCAUUUUCCAUUUUUGAAAACUUUUCCAAACAAUGUGAAAGCACAGUAAGAAAACCAAAUAAUGAAACACUUUAUUCUGACAUCUUUGCCGAGAGUGAACUGAGUGGCUGGGACUAUGAUUAUGGUUUCUGCUCACCCAAGAUACUCCGAUGUGCACCUGAACCAGAUGCUUUUAAUCCCUGUGAAGAUAUUAUGGGAUAUGACUUCCUUAGGGUCCUGAUUUGGCUGAUUAACAUCCUAGCCAUCAUGGGAAACAUGACAGUUCUCUUUGUUCUCCUGACCAGUCGUUAUAAACUGACAGUCCCCCGUUUUCUCAUGUGCAAUCUCUCCUUUGCAGACUUUUGCAUGGGGCUCUACCUGCUGCUCAUUGCCUCAGUUGAUUCUCAAACCCAAGGCCAAUACUAUAACCAUGCCAUAGACUGGCAGACAGGGAGUGGGUGUGGUGCUGCUGGCUUUUUCACCGUAUUUUCAAGUGAACUUUCUGUCUACACCCUCACAGUCAUCACGCUGGAAAGAUGGCACACCAUCACUUACGCUGUUCAGCUGGAUCAAAAGCUGCGACUGAGACAUGCCAUUCCGAUUAUGCUUGGAGGCUGGCUUUUUUCUACUCUAAUUGCUAUUUUACCCCUUGUGGGUGUGAGCAAUUACAUGAAGGUCAGCAUCUGCCUCCCCAUGGAUGUGGAAACCACUCUCUCACAAGUCUACAUAUUAACCAUCCUAAUAUUCAAUGUAGUGGCCUUCAUCAUCAUUUGUGCUUGCUACAUUAAAAUUUACUUUGCAGUUCAAAAUCCAGAGCUGAUGGCUACCAACAAAGACACAAAAAUUGCUAAGAAAAUGGCAAUCCUCAUCUUCACGGAUUUCACCUGCAUGGCACCUAUCUCCUUUUUUGCCAUCUCAGCUGCCUUCAAAGUGCCCCUUAUCACAGUAACCAACUCUAAAGUUUUACUGGUUCUAUUUUAUCCUAUCAAUUCUUGUGCCAAUCCAUUUCUGUAUGCAAUUUUCACUAAGGCAUUCCGAAGGGACUUCUUUCAAUUGCUGAGCAAAUUUGGCUGCUGUAAACAUCGGGCUGAACUUUAUAGAAGGAAGGAUUUUUUGGCUUAUACCACCAACUGCAAAAAUGGAUCAAAUAAGACUUCUCGGUUCACCUUAAAGUUGUCCACAUUGCACUGUCAAGAUACAGUCCUAGAUAAGACUUGCCAUAAACAGUUUUAAUUUCUCUAUCAGUAAUCAUAUUCUUGAAUUAUAUCUAUUUAAAAAAUUACCUCUACCAGUAACUUUUAUAUAAAGGACUGAUUUUAGGAAAUUAUUUUAUCUUAGGUAAAAUAGGCAAGAAACCUCUACCUAGUUCAAUGUAUGGUCCAUGACUAUUACAAACCUGAAAACUAUUUGUCAUUGAUAUAUGAUCACAAAAUACAGAAGCUGAGUGUGUUUAUAAUUUUAUAGCAGUUUUGAUAGUUCUGUCUAUUGAAUCUACUCUUAAGAAAAACUGAGGUAUUAUUUUGCAUGUCCUUAAUUUUUUCAUUUGAUUGUAGUGAAUUUAAUUGAAUUCUAUAAAAAUAUUAGUUUAAAACAUAUUGGGAAUUUAAAAUAAGUGAUACUUUUCCUCAGUUUUGGACAGUACAACCUGGUAGCCACUCACCACAUGUGGUUAAAUUAAGAUUAAAUAUUAUAAAAAAUGUAGGGCACAGCUAUGGUGGCACAGACAGCAGGGCACUGUCAUGUGACACUGGAGCUUCCUAAAACCUGUGCAACCAUGGCUGGGCAGUAUAUUUGAAAAGGCCAGGGGUUUGGCUCUUGGAUAGACCUGAACAUACUGGACACACGCAUGAUCCUGGCUGCCUGGAAGACUGAGAAGAUCACAGCGUGGCAAGACUCUGUCAUGGAAGGAGAGCCUCUCUCAUGAAAAAAUUAAACUUUAAAAAAUA